UCAUGAACAGCGCGGGAGAUGUCAAAGCAUCUGCCUGGGUGAGUAGCUCAAAGCGUGAGAAUGUUUCGCAUCACGGCUCGGGGCGCGCGCCUAGAGGCUAGCGCUAGCGCGCCUCACAACCGCCUGGACGCAGUGAAAAGGCUCACAUUUCAGGGCUGUCUGCCAACGCCUGACUCUGAGAAGCAUCGAGCAAGAAGUUCAUCAGGAACGUUCUGUCUACUUUGCCCAUACUUGAGGUGACAUAAAUCACGAAACAGCCGCGUAGGUAUAGCCGCCAUCAAUCAUGACGGAUGAUCAGGCGAUCUUCCAAAACGAACAUGAUAAGCAAUUACUCUCGGAUUCUGGAACCAAACUCUUGUCCGAAAGAUUGAAGCAGACAGUUGUUGCAAUCAAGGAUUUCGCAGCUUUCCUCAGACGAAAAUCUACAGUGGAAGACGAGUCUUACAAAGCUAUGCAACGCACAACGCGACUGUAUGCGGAAAGUCUGAAGUCUGACCAGUCUCGGCAAGGAGAUUACGUUGCCAUUGUAUCGCAUUCGCUCGACCUUGACGAUGCUGCUACUCAAGCACAUCAAACAUUUGCCAAAUCUUUGUUCGAAGUUGCCACUGAUCUAGCGGAGACUGCUAAGGAGGUCGAGAGAAGUCGAAAAGCGUGGAAGGAGAAAGCACAGAGACAAGACAAGCACGUCUUGGAUCUGGAAGCUCAACGUGAGAAGGCAAUUCAAAAAUACACAUCGGCAACUGAGGAGUUGGAGAAACUCAAGUCAGAGGAAGGCCAAAAUCGCCGCACAGGGUUCUCUUUCAAAUCAAAAGCCGGCAAUCAUAUGGACGAUUUAAGUAAGCAGGAGGCCGCCCAAGCGCAGCGCUCAGAAUUGAUGUUGAGUUUGAGACCGCAAUCCAUUGCUGAAGCUCAGAAGCUCGCUCAAGAAGGCGACAGUACCCUGAAGCUGCAAAUGCUUAAAUUUGCUCGUCUUUAUGAAAGCUUCUUGUUGUCUCAGUGCAUGGCUAUCUCGCCCACUGACCAAUCUCAAUCGUUGCGCUCAACUCUCAACUUGAUAGACGAUUCGGGAAACGUCGGAGCUUCCGCCUCAUCAUCCCAUUCAUUAGUGAACAAUGAUCAAUUGGCUAGGCCGUCGGACCGCAUCUUUGGCUCUUCUCUGGCGAAAAUUUUGGCUAGAGAGGACCGCGUCAUUCCAGCUUGCGUCGAACAAUGCAUCGAGCUUAUCGAAGGGCAUGGAUUGACUACUGAAGGUGUGCCUUUGGCUUCGCUAGAUUCGCAGGUCAUUCAAGACCCCCAUUCCCUCUGCUCAGUGUUAAAGCUUUUCUUUCGAGAACUCUCGGAGCCGUUAAUCCCAAACCAGCGCUACAACGAAUUUGUUGAGGCUUCAAGAAUACCAGACGAACCAAGACGUCGGAUACGACUUCAUCAGGCGGUCAAUGAGCUGCCGGAUGAAAGCUACGCACUUUUGCGAUACCUCUUCCUUCAUCUUCAUCGAAUACAUCAAAAUCGUUCGCUAAAUCUGAUGAGUGCAGCUAAUCUUGCAAUCGUUUGGGGCCCAACGCUGCUCGGUGAUCAUUCCGUGGAAGAUAUGCCUCUCCAAUCCAUUGUCGUCGAGACAAUCAUACUCAAUUGUCUGCUUAUCUUCGAAGAGGAUACAGAGCCUGUUGCGCUGCGCGAUGACCACUUCUGAUCGAGGAUUUGCAUGGCAACUGCACAUGUGAGAGUCACGAUGUCUUACUGCGAGAAGUUACUGUCUAAAAUUGGAUGUGUCCAUGCUGAUGCUUUGAGCUUGCGCGUCAAUACACCUAUGAGGCCUAGUUCUCAUCGCACCCUGCACGCGGCUUUCGUCAAUUGAAGGAGAUUUGUAUAUUUUGACGACCUGUAGCAUCACAAAUGCGAAUAGAGGCUCG